AUGGCCCUGUGUUUGGAACUGCUGCUAUAUCAAUGGGCAGAUGCCAGUCCAAUUAGAGGUCCUUCUGGGGAAAAGAUUAAAGCUGAACCUGAUAAAAUAGAGGCCUUCAAAGCAUCGCUCUCCAAGCUAGGGGACGUCUAUGUCAACGAUGCUUUUGGCACUGCACACCGAGCUCACAGUUUGGUGGGAGUGAAUCUGCCCCAGAAGGCAUCUGGAUUCCUCAUGAAGAAGGAGCUGGAUUACUUUGCCAAAGCUUUGGAAAAGCCAGAGAGACCCUUUCUGGCUAUACUUGGUGGAGCCAAAGUGGCAGACAAGAUCCAACUCAUCAAAAAUUUGCUGGACAAGGUCAAUCACAUGAUUAUUGGUGGUAGAAUGGCUUACACUUUCCUUAAGGUGCUGAAGAACAUGGAGAUUGGUGCUUCACUGUUUGAUGAAGAGGAAGCUAAGAUCGUCCAAGAGAUCAUGGCCAAAAAGGCAGAGAAGAAUGGUGUAAAGAUCACCUUUCCUGUUGACUUUGUCACUGCUGACAAGUUUGAAGAGAAUGCUAAAGUUAGACAAGCCACUGUAGAGUCUGGCGUCCCUGCUGGCUGGAUGGCAUUGGACUGUGGUCCAGAGAGCAUUAAAAACCACGCUCAAGUGGUGUCCCAGGCAAAGCUAAUUGUGUGGAAUGGACCUUUAGGGGUGUUUGAAUGGGAUGCCUUUGCAAAGGGAACCAAAGCCCUCAUGGAUGAAAUUGUGAAAGCCACUUCCCAGGGCUGUGUCACCACUAUAGGCAGUGGGGACACUGCUACCUGCUGUGCCAAGUGGAACACUGAAGAUAAAGUAAUGAGUCAUGUGAGCACCAGAGGAGGUGCCAGCCUUGAGCUUCUGGAAGGGAAAAUCCUUCCUGGAGUACAGCCCCUCAGCAACCUGUAG